AUGUCUUCACAAAACAAUAGUUCACUUCCCAGAUCAUCGUCAAGAAGACGUCCAUCGGUUAUAGACGUGACAUCAAAAAUUCAUGAAGAAGAAAUAAAAAAAUCACUGCUGGCAGCGAAAACUCCAAAUAUAAUUUCUAAACGUCGUGGAUCGGCUGUUUCGAUUGAAUCCAUUAAAUCAAAUUCUCGUAGAAAAAUGAUUUUAUCACAACCAAUGAACACUGACGAAUUUAUAAAAUCUUCAGAUUUCUCAUCACCUUCAAAAAUGCAUUUUCCACUUCCCCCUUCAACGCUUCCAGACAUUUUCUCAGAAAUAUCUUCCAAGAAAUUGACAAAUUUCUUUGGAGAUAAACCUCCAAUAGAUAUUUGUGUUAGGGAAAUUGAAAAGGAAGGUUUAAAAGCUAUCUUGCAUUCAAAAAUACCUUUAUGUUAUUUUUUAUAUUCGUUGCUUGAAGAGUAUUCAUGUGAAAAUUUGUUUUUCUUUCUUGAGGUAGAGCAAUAUGAAUCAUUUGAAUUUUCGAAUUCAACGCAACAAUAUAAAACGGCAAAACAUAUAUUUGAUACAUAUUUAACUCAUAAGUCACAAUUUGAAGUAAAUAUUGAUGAUAAAGUUCGUAAAUCCGUUAUAGCUUCAAUAAAGAGUCAACGUGAUCCAAGAAAUUGUUUUGACGAUGCGAAGAGAGCCAUCUUUGUGUUGUUGGAAGUUAGCUUUGCUCGAUUUAUCCGAAGUCCUACAGCAGAACUAAUGAAACAAGAAAUAGGCGACACAACAACUCAUUAUUCGGAAAGUGCGCGAGAUGCCGCGAUAUUUAUGUUAUUCCGAUAUUUGGAAAAACAAAACGCAUCACCACCAUUUUUAAGCUCAAAACCCACCAAACCAUUUAUAAUUUCCACAAAUAAAAACACGAAUAAUGAUAUUGAUAUUAUAUCGCCACUUCCAUCACCAAGUUUAUUGGUAUCGCAGAAACGUAAUGAUUUGAUCCGUACAAUGAUUCAUGAAUUUUUAAAGACUUUAUUAGAAAUUGAUGUAGAACAUUUUUAUUAUGAAAAUUUUAUUAGGAGUCAUAAAAAUAAAAGUAGUGAAAAGGUUAACGAAAUAAAUUAUAGUGGUGGUAAUGGAUAUGGUAAUGGAACUAACGGUUAUGAUGAUGAUUUUGAUAUUUGGAGUAAUGACGAUGAAUGUAUUGAAAUGAUGAAUACGGGGAAAAAGAUUUCCACAAGAGAUCAAUUAAAGAAAAAACCAUUUAGGAGGCCGACAAUGAAAUCCGGAAGGAAAGUUAAAUGA